CCCGUGAAGUAGGAAGGCUGAUUGUAAGUCACGCAUGUUUUUGGUGGAGACGUCUUCUAUAAAUACAAGCGGAAGCACCUGCGCCUGCGCUUGACACAAGACAUCAGUGGUUUGGUUCGCUCCAACCUGAUCAGGCCUACAUAUACAUAUAUAUACAUAUAUGUAAUUAUAAAGUCUAUCAAGUGUUUCACUAUGGAGGAUAAUUACCAAUACCCUGUUUUCUUUGAUUUUCCCAAUCUGGACGAAAAACAAAAGAAGAUAAUAGAAAACUUUUUCCGCAUUCGACGCAAAUCAGGAGGUGGAGACAGCAGCUCGAUAACCAACAUAUGUGAUAAUGUUUACAGCAUUGCUUUUCAUGACCGAGAAGAUCAGCAAAGAGUCUUGCAGAGAUCUAAACAUGUGUUGGAGUUUGAAGGUGGUCCCCUGGUGCUGACUGUGCGAGGAAAUCCUUCCACCUGCUCUCACAUCACUACCUCGACUACAAGCAAGUCAGUUAGCCCAAAACUGGACUCAACCUCAUCACAGCAGUCCAUUCCUGCCUCUACCCCUCCACCAAGUGGUGAAGAAUAUGAACUACGACCUGAUGCUUACCUCCUACGUUACUUAAAGGAAUGCCCCAAGGCUAGGAAAGAACUAGAGAAAGAACUCUCCUCUGUGGCCUGCUCUGCUCAGCUGUACCCAGAGGAAGGGAGGGUUUUAGUUAGCCGUUUAGCUAAACCUGGUGCUCCACAUGAUGUUAGAAAUUGGAAAGCAGAAGUAGACAAACUCAUUGAUGGCUACCUGUGCCACUGUGAGGUGGACGUUCACAAAAUUAAAGCUUUGCUUCAGUCCUGCAGCUCUCCUCAGACCACAGACGACGUGAAGGUGUACAGCGAGGAUAGGAUGGCUGUUGUUGUCGGUGAGCGUUCUCAGGUGAAAGCCAGGUUGAUGGCUGUGGAGGACUUGCUUGUUAAACGAGGGUCACGUUUUAGUGGGAAGGAAACCAGCAUUCGUAGACUGGGUGUGGCAAAGCUCCGCCUCCUCUGGAAAAAGAUUGAGCACGGUUUGCAACAAGACUUUCCAGAAGUGAAGUUUGCGCAGGGAGCUGCAGGUCAGUUAGUUUUGGAAGGCUCUGCCGAAGAGAUUCUCAAGGCUGGAGAGUGGAUUUCUGAUCAGGAGAAGUUUGUGUUCGAAAGGACAGUUUCUGACAUGAGCCCACAUUUUUUGGCCUUCCUAAGAAAGGCCUAUGGAGGUCCAGGGGUGCUAGGGGACUUUCUACUGCUUGGUGGCAAGGUGGAAGUAGAGUUACGAGACAUAGAGCUAUGUUUCUUCACCCUCUCCGCUGAUAAACUGAAUGACACAGAAAUAAAACUUCAUGAAAAAUUCAAGGAAGUCAAGAUUGAUGUUCCUAGCUGCUCUGUUGUGCCAUCUGAGCUUCAGGAAAAGCUUAAGUCCAAGACAAAUGAGAUGAACCAAAGGCAAUACAGGGCUCAGGUCGUGUUUGGCUCAGACAGCACGGUGUGCUUACUGGGCCACACCAAAGAGGUUGAAGACCUGAAUGAAUUAGUCAUACAGUUUAUUUUGGAUCAGUCAAACAUAGAAGGCAAAGUCAUUCUCCCUUACCCAGAGUUGGUACAUAUUUUACCAGAAUUACUGCAGCUGCAUGCGUUUGACUAUUCAGGGGUUACCUUUCAUCCUUUAACAUCUUCCUCUGGGCCCAUGGUGCUGCUUGAAGGUCCCUCCAGCAAAGUGAAUGAGGUCAGGAACAGACUGGGUCCAUUUCUGGACUCCCUUGUUCAGGAUAGAGUCACCAUUGACCUGCCAGGGGCAAUAAGGUAUAUCGAAAGUCGCCCUGGAAGAGACAAUAUUUUAAGUGUUGCUCGUUCUCAGAAGUGUCUUGUACAGCUUCAAGAACAACUUCACGCAACUAAACAGAUUUUGGCAUCUGGUGCAGGAACUGUUGGCACAACAGUGGCCAGCUACAGCCUUCGUAAUGGGCUUCAGGUGCUGGUCUGUCAGGGUGACAUCACCAAACAGGAAGCUGAUUGCCUGGUAAAUGCUGCCAACGGAGAUCUGGACCACGGUGGGGGAGUUGCUGCUGCACUGUCUAAAGCAGGUGGCCCUCAGGUGCAGAAGGAGAGUAGAGAUAUAGUAAAGCAGACUGGAAAAAUACCUACAGGUGAUGUGGUUGUGACCACAGGGGGUAACCUAAACUGCAAGAAACUGCUGCAUGCUGUUGGACCUGUAGGUGGAAAAUCAGUUGGCAAAGAAAGGAUGUUACUGGAAAAAACUGUCCAAGCUGCUUUGAAUUUAGCAGAGAUGAUGGAGUUCAGGUCUAUAGCCAUGCCCUGUAUCAGCUCAGGUUUGUUUGGUGUACCUGUCACUGUGUGCUCUGAGGCUAUUGUAACUGCUGUUAAGACGUUUGGCAGUCAGGGAGGGAGAAGUCUGAGCAGAAUUAUCCUGAUUGAUAAUAGAGGAGAAGUGGUGAGGGCCAUGCAGGACGCAUGUGACCGGCUUCUCCAAGGAAUAAGUACCGGAAGCAGUGCACCAGGUGAUCAUGGGUUCCUAGGAGCCACCGCUGGAGCUCCUGGAGGUGGUGUCCAUGUAGAGAUUAUUCAGGGAAGAAUGGAGACCCAGCAGGUGGAUGCCCUGAUAUCCCCUAUGGUUGGCCAUGACCCUCUCUCUACCCGUGUCGGAAACGCCUUGUCCGACAUGGCUGGACCUCAGCUGACUGCAAAGUUUCAUAAGGAAGCAGGAAGAGCAGCAGCGCCUGGUGACACAAUCCUGGUGGAAGGCUUGCCUGCACUUCAAUCUAAAGGAGUGUUCUUCCUCAACAUCAUUCCCUGGGAUAAUAACCAACAUGGAACCGCUGUUCAGGUUCUGAGACAGGGCAUCAGAAAGAUUCUGGCUUCCUGUCAGAUCCAAGGCUUUAGUUCAGUGGCUCUCCCUGUGCUUGGGACUGGUGCUGUCCUGUGUUUUCCUCACCGCGUGGCAGCCAGGGUUGUACUGGAGGAGGUCCGUGAAUUUGAACACAACCGAGCCAGCGGAACAUCUUUUCUGGUCCGUAUUGUCAUCCACCCCAAUGACAAAGAAUCUAGCAAGGCCUUCCAGUCCUCCCAGGAAACGUUGCAUCUCAGAGGAUUCACAAACGAUGCCAACCCAGACCAAGCUUCCUUUUACCGCCAUGUCUCCCUAACUAACGAUGAGGUCACAGCCAUGCUGGGUGGAGUCAAGCUUCAGAUGGUCCUUGGUGACAUCACUCAGGAGACCACUGAGGCCAUUAUCAACACAACUGACUUCUCCAACAACCAAUCUGGUGUGUCUAAAGCCAUUCUGACUGCAGCAGGGCCUGUUGUCCAAGCACACUUAGCACAGAUGGGCGUUCCAGCAGACUUCAUGUGUACCACCGGACCCGGGUUGCUUGGCUGCAAGGAAAUCAUUCAUGCUAGUUUUAAGUGUGAGCCUCAGAUGAUUCGGAAGAAUUGCAAAACAAUACUGACACAGUGCGAGAGCAAAGGCUACAGCUCAGUGGCCUUCCCAGCUAUCAAUACCGGUGCGGGUGGUAUGGACUCGGUCAAGGCUUGUAAAGCCAUGCUGGAUGGCAUGACCUCAGCUAUUACAGACUUGCAACCAAAUUCCCUCACACUCAUCCGCAUUGUCAUCAUCCAGCAACGGGUCUUUCUGGCUUUCAGAUCAGAGUUGGAGAACCGCUUUGGACAAACAGCCACUCGCCACCUAAACCUGAAAGAAAAAGCUAAAAAGAAGUGGCAGGAGAAGACAAGACACAUUGCAAAACCUCAAGGCAAAACUUUCACCUCCUCAAAGCCACCGCCAGCUGUGAUAAGUGUGAUUGGUUGUGGUGCAGACACCAUCAGGACCAUCAAGAAAGAUCUGGAGGGGAUUCUGCAGAAGCAGCUGCUAGAGAGAGAGGUGGAUGUGGAGGAUUUUUCCAAGCUGGAUGCCAUGGAGCUGGAGGCAGUGCAGGCAAAAGUCAAAGUCUUAGGAAUAAGCCUGGAACACAGGAGACAUCGAAGUUCUAAAGAUGUGACUGGCAACAGAGCGGGUAACACGGCUAGUGAUGGUUCAGGUUCAGGAAGAGAGGUUUAUGUGCUGAAAGGCCUGAAAGAGGACGUGUUGAGCGUUAUUGAGCUUGUAAACAGAGCAAUCCAAAAAGCACUUUGCGAAGACCUCCGAGAUAAAGAAGAAGCGAUGCUGGCUCUUUAUGUCCAGUGGUCAAUUCAGGAUGUAAAUAAAGCCUGGCAAGAGCUGAGCCUGCAUGACAACUACAUGCUGGAGAAGGCUCACAUGAAGAAACAAGUGUCUGUAGAUAUGAUUGCACCAGACGGCUCGAUGCUGGCAGUAAACCUGACGACACAAGAAGCCACAAAUUGGCUAACAGGCUUAACGUACAAAGUGAAAAGGAACGAUUCUGAAACAACCUUAGAGUUGCCGACACAAUGGGAACCCAUGCAAGAAGAAGGGUUUAAAAAGGUCGAGCUGCAACCGAACUCACCGGAGUAUAAGGUUGUAGCCCAGGGUUUCCUCAAAACCGCGAAAUUCAACAUUCGCAAAAUUGAGCGCGUGCAAAACCUCUACCUGUGGUAUGCCUAUAGUGUGUGUAGGCAGCGUAUAUUCUCCAAGAAUGGCCCAGCUGAGCUUGGGGAGAAGACUCUCUACCAUGGCACAUCAGCAGAGUCUUGCAGGUGCAUUGAAAGAGACAGAUUUGACAGGAGUCACGCAGGAGCACAUGCUACUAUGCAUGGAAAGGGAGUUUACUUUGCAGUCAAUGCAGAGUAUUCGGCCACACGUUUUUCCCCAGUAGAUGCGUCGGGCUUGAAGAGGCUGUAUGUGGCGCGCGUCGUGACCGGCCGUUACACAGUCGGUGACCAUACCAUGAAAGCCACCCCUCCUCGAGGCUCGGACCGCACCGACUGCUUUGACAGUUUGGUGAACAACAAGGAGCAACCCUCCAUGUUUGUGAUCUUUCAUGAUGACCAGGCCUACCCAGAAUACCUCAUCACCUUCAACUGAGUAUAACAACAAAGAAAAAUCACGCUUCAAUUCUCUACAAUGGUGUCACGCUGAUUAAGGUUAAAUAGUGUGUGAUAUAAAACCAGAAAAUAUAUAUAACUGCAAUACAGUAAAAUUAUAAGUUAGUGUUAUGUAACUCCUAUUAAUCAGCAUUAAUUAUAUAAUCGUAUUUUUGCAAAGUUUGUUCUUUAAGAAUUAUUGUAUUUUGAUUUAGAAUCAUUAAUAUAGUAUUUCUUUUGGUUAUUUUUGCUUUUUAUUGACUUUAUCUUUUAAGUUUUUGCACCUUAUUCAUCCAGUUAAUUUGAAAUGGUAACCGAUUUAAUUAUUAUGUAAAAUAUUACAUAUACAUUUUAACAAUGCAUGCAAAAGUAGAUCAAGUCUCAACAUUAAACGAGCUGGGGUCAAUCCAUCUGCGCCGUGCUAAUUGAUUCAUUAAAAGCGGUCACACUUUAUUGGGAAGUGAAAUUUUGAUAGAAUACUUUAAAUUAAAGAAAAUGUGAAGACUUUCUUUGAUCCAAAGUAAAGAUAUUACGGACAUUAUAAAAGGAUAUUUUUAUUUUCUUUGAAGAGAAUACAGUAGCUAAAGAGUCUGUGUUUUUGUAACAGCGCUAUUCAUUUAGUGAGUCAAUGCCAUUACAAUUGAUAGACCUUUAUUGACCAUUUUAGAUGAAGUGCUUAACAAUGUAAAUAAAAGCUUUAUUAAAAUUAUUGAUUGCAAA